AUGCCUGCCUCAUCGGAUAUAGCAAAUCAAGGAAAAAUGGCUAACUUGAAGACUCAAAAGAGACUUGCCGCAUCUGUCAUCGGUGUUGGUAAGAGAAAGAUCUGGUUGGAUCCAAAUGAAACAACCGAAAUUGCUCAAGCUAACUCUCGUGCUGCUAUCAGAAAGUUGUACAAGAACGGUACCAUUGUCAAGAAGCCAGACACCCCACACUCCAGAUCCCAUGCCAGAAGAUUGGCUGAAUCUAAGAGAACUGGUAGACACACCGGUUACGGUAAGAGAAAGGGUACCAAGGAAGCUCGUUUCCCAUCUAGUGUCAUCUGGAUGAGAAGAUUGAGAGUCUUAAGAAGUAUGUUGGUCAAGUACAGAGAUGCUGGUAAGAUUGACAGACACUUGUACCACUCUUUGUACAAGGCUGCCAAGGGUAACGCUUUCAAGCACAAGAGAGCUUUGGUUGAACACAUUAUCCAAGCUAAGGCUGAAGCCCAACGUGAAAAGGCUCUUAAGGAAGAAUCUGAAGCUAGAAGAUCUAGAAACAAGGCUGCUAGACAAAGAAGACAAGAACGUGUUGACGCCAAGAGAGAAGCUUUGCUCAAGAGCGAGUAA